CCCCCCUCCCUCCCCUUCCGCCGCUCGCCCUCCCUCUCCUCCCGCCCUCUCUCCCUCUCGCCCUCCGUCCCAGUGUAACCAUGGCCAAGAGUAUUCGCUCGAAGAGCAAGCGCGCCUUCCGCCGCAUCCGCGCCAAGAACAUCCACGGCCCGAUCGAGCACCAGAGCCUCAUGCGCAUUGCCGCCAAGCUCGGCACCGCCGACCCCGCGGACGCCCCCCCCGAGGAGCCCAAGCGCUUCUCUUUCACCGCGCCCAAGAGCCCGAACGACCCGCCCCCUCAGGAGAUUGGCGCCAACAAGUUCGAGAACGACAAGCGCCUGGACUCCGAGUUCAUCGCCCGCCGCCAGCAGGCCGUCGAGCGUGACCGCGCCGAGUACGAGGAGCGCAUUGCCAAGCGCGGCCCCCGCCUCACCCCGGCCAAGCCCUCCACCAUCAAGAAGCACCGCGCCAGCAAGUACAAGCGCAUGGCCAGUGUCCAGAGCAAGCGCUUCUAAGAACACCCGAGCAAGAGAAGAUGGGUCCGAGCAGAGCAUGCGCGCGCGGCGCGCCCAUGCAUCCCCCGCGCACAUACACAUACAUGCACACACACACACA